UAUUCAACAACCUUGCCUGCUUGGUUAAUCGGGUCUGAUCUAUUUAACCUUAAGUCUGAUAGAACUGACUGAUAUCAACCGUGGUUCCAUCCAUUCAGUGCUGGCUUGGUGUUCUUCGUCCAAUGGCGAAUUUAAUAUUUGUGCGAAAAUAAUAUUUUAUGAGCUCCACUACCUUUUGUCCCGUCCACACAUUAUUGAUCAUCAUAAAACGCAGGACGAGUAUAAAACUUAACUUUGCGUACAUAUAGUCAACCUCCAAACUAAUAAAUAUCCAUAUUCCAGAGGAGAAAAUUGAUAUUUGAUACGGAUUUCGUCCGUGUGGUGGUGAAUAAUUACUGAGGAAGUCAUUGUCAUUUCCACCACUCCGCCCACAGUGGCGUCCUUAAUUGCGACAAUAAUUACACAUUCUGACGACUCGGGAGUGAAUCCAUAAUAUUAUUUGUAUGUGUGUCGCCUCAUCAUCACAAGACUAAAAUACUGGUCAGUAGUACGUCCCCCUGGACAAAUGCGCUACUAGUCGACAUGAGAAGACAAAUAUUAUUUGAUGUCAAAAAGUGAUACGACGAAUCGAUUGUUUAAUUAUUACUUGUGUGUCGAAGAGUAUUAAUUGUUAUUGUGAACAUUAAACAAACUAAGGUGACGUGUAUUUACACAUAUACCGAGUACUGAUUCGGUGGUAUCGACUGAUAUUUGCUCGGCGGCGGCGUCGAGGACGUGGAAAGAAAGUGGUCCAUUAUUGUUCUUAUGGGACAAGGUUGUCACUGACUGGGAAAAUGUGACCACGACUAAGGAGGCAGUUAUAGUGGAAUUAUUAUCCUGGUCAAUUUCGGUAGUUACAUACAAGGUGUAAGACAAACGACGUAAUUUUAAGGAUAAAUAAGAGGAGGCAAAUUGAGACAGGUUUCUUUAAAAGUUUAGUUCUGGUUUUUUAUAAGAAAAAAAUGCCCAUUUUCUAUUCAGGGUAAAGUUAAAGGGAUCGACGUAUACAUAAAUUGAAAUUAGUGUGGUUUAUAAAGUGUGAAAUAAUUUAUAAAAAUGGGAAAAUUGAUCGGUUUUGGCUUAAUCGGUUACGGGGUGGGGAUGCUUCUCACAAUUGUUGUAAUGGCGAUUGGUGGACUGGAAGUCAUGGUGGGACUGUUUCUCCCAAUUGCGUUGAAAAUGGCACCCGUGGACGAAAUCCUGCUCGCUUGGGUGGAAGUUCCCUUGUCUAUGGCGAUCACGGGUAAGCUUUCGAACGUAACAACGUUCAAGGAGGACGGAAUCCUGGGCGGUGGGCGGAUAAACUUUGAGGUUAUCAUGGCCGGUGGAGGAUACGACUCUGCAGAAGAACCAGUCGUGCCAGCACUUUGGAUUGAGGAGGACGGCGACCUUGACGAAGUGAUCCGAUACGUGAUAAAGGCUGGUCCGCUAAACAUCCCCUCCAUAUUCUUCUGGCUUGUAGCCCUCGGAUCACUAGGCGCUAUGGGGGCCUCGAUCCUUUUCAAAUUUCUUGGCAAGAAAAAAUCUGUGGAUGGAAUUGAGCGAGCCCCGCCUGCAACAACCGUUCAAGUGAUCGCACUGGAUGAGACCGCUUUCAAGGAAUGAAUUAUCAGAUUUUGAAAAAAACAAAUGAGAAAAUGAAAUUUUGAAAAAUAGUUCUUAAUAAUGCAUGUAAGUGUAGGGCAAUGCAUCAUGAAAAUCCACGGUGUCUCAUAUUAGGAAGAAAGAGGUACAUAUACAUUAUUUUAGGGUCUCAUAUUAUAGAACUGACCUACAUAUAGGGCGAUUUUUAGAUGUCCACGCCGUGGAUUCCACCGUCGGAAAUUUCUUAUCAAUUCUCCUUAUCACAUUGAAAAACUUGUAUGCAUUUUUAUUUACUUUUUCAUGGCAUUUUGCGUAAAUUCAUCUAUGUUGAAAACAAUUCUUAAAUUCCCGAAUUGGGGAAAACGUAGGUUUUUGACCCCCCAUUUUUGACCUAAAAUUGACUAUUGUAUGUCAGUUCUAUAAUAUGAGACCUUAAAAUAAUUUACGUCUCUUUUUUCCCGAAGUGAAAUAUCGUGGUAAUCAAACUACCUGAUUUAUAAUGAUAUACUAUAUAAUUAAGUCCAUUUUCACAAUGUAUGAACUCACACACACACCGCUUUUUCGUGACCAUGUAGAAGCAUUUAAACAAUUCAGGUAAAAAAUGUAUUUAGAUAAGUAUCAAAAUUUAAAAAAAAAUAUGUAUUAUACCCGAAUAACCUGAUUCGUAUAUUCAUUAUGGAAGUAAAAUAUUUGUGAAUUGGAUGCCCAAGUUCAAUGCCCGAUAAUUAUGAUAAUUAGAUAAGUUUUCCACUCGAUAAGAAGACACCACUUGUUUAGAAUGACCUUAGUUAAGUAGUUACAUACAUACAUCAAGUCUCUCCACCACUCAAAAACAAUGCAUAAUAUGUACUUACUAAAUGCACACACUAUUAACUCUACUGGUCCACAUUUAACUUUAAGUAUAGUGUGUUAAGCUUAAGAGGAUAAGAAUUAAAUAAGAGACAAAUUGUACCGUCAAAUCUGUAGAAGUUUCUUUCAUGAAUAAAAAAUUGUCGAGUGUGCCUGGACAUAUUUUGUUUGCGGAUUGUUUUCCGUACAUAUUCUUAUCCCCCAAGAGUUGAUUCCAUAAAUUAGCAAUUAUGCCGGAAGGAAUUCUUUAUUUUUGCUACAUCGCCUACAUUUUGGUCAUUCUCUGCACCUUUAUUAAAGUCAUGGUUCAGCCAAUCCUGGGAAUUUUUGUCAUCUUUGUCAUCUCGGGGAACCUGGAUAAUUGUCGACAAUUUCGAAACGAAAUUUCCGCCGCAAUCAACAACUAUUUCAAUCGAACGUUUUUAAAAUUUUGGAGAAUUUUAUGCCUAGCUGGGGAGGAUUCGAUGGGGGAAGGAGAGGAGGAUAAUUCGUUGAACUUCAAUAAAGGCUAUUUUGGUAAAUGCGAUAUCUUGAACGCUUCGCCUAAAGAGGAAUGCAUCACGCAGAUAAUCGUCCCACCACCUUUAACUAGGAGGCGACGUGGCCUCAUACAAUUAUAGUUUUAAUUUAUCCCAACUACUAUUUAUAUUCAGUUGUGUAUGUUUUUCAUCACUUUCAGUCUCAAUUUGUUUUGUAAUCUCAAAAUGUAUUUAUUUAUACCA